UCUUUGGGGUAUUCUGUGGAACUCUAUUGCAUAUCAAACGUUUGCAAAUGGCUAAUUUCGUUGUACUUUUACCCGUCCUGCUUAUGGCGAAACCAGUUUUAGGCUUUGGAAUAGAUCCUGACAUUCAAAUUGAUAUCAUCAAUGAACUGGACACGGCAAACACAACAUUUGGAAUAACCCAAGUUGCAGGUCUUCAUAACAACAGCAAAGCUUUCCUAUUUCGAGAUGCGGGGAGAGCAGUUCACGCACCAGUGCACCUCACAGACAAGGUGCUGGAGCUCUUUAGGAGUAAAACAGAGUUCACCUUCCUGGCCACCAUACAGCAGAAGUCCUCUACAUCAGGAGUCCUCUUCUCCAUCCACGAAUCGGAGCACAGCUACUUUGAGCUGGAGAGCAGUGGAGUGCGGGAGGAGAUUCGCUACCACUACCGUUUCAAAGGGAAGCCACGCACCGAGACUUUCCCCUACCGACUGGCAGAUGGGCAGUGGCACAAGAUUGCCCUCUCCAUUAGUGCCACCCACCUCCUGCUCCACGUCGACUGUAACAGGAUAUAUGAGCGUGUGAUAGAUCCUCCCCAAAUGAACCUGACCCCCGGUAGCGGAGUGUGGCUAGGACAGCACAGCCACAAACAUGGCCUGUUCAAGGGGAUUAUGCAAGAUGUCAAAUUCAUUUUCGCACCAAACGGAUACAUCACCCAGUGCCCAAACCUCAACCGCACCUGUCCCACAUGUAGUGAUUUCUUAAGCCUCGUACAAGGCAUCAUGGAUCUGCAGGAACUGCUGGCUAAAAUGACACUAAAGCUGAAUUAUGCAGAGUCCAGGCUCACCCAGCUGGAGGGCUGCCACUGCGAGAGGACUUGCGGUGUGGGCGGUGUGCUGUACCGCGACAAGGAGCUCUGGGUGGAGCCGGAGAACUGCAGGAACUGCGUCUGCAAGAAUGGUGUGGUUGAAUGCCGAAGAAUAUUCUGCCCCCCGUCAAACUGCUCUGAGGACUCCCUUCCCGUGCACGUGGAAGGAAGCUGCUGCAAGAAGUGCCGACCCACAUGCAGCUACAUGGGAGACGCCUUGUCAGAAGGGCAGCGAGUUUUGACAAAGAGCUGCAAAGAAUGCAAGAAUGGCUUGAUGAUAAAAGUCGCCGAGAGCUGUGCCAUCCUCAACUGCUCGACGGAGGAGCAGGUUCUGCCGGAGAACAGGUGCUGCAACGUCUGCAGAGGUGAGAUCCGGGUGCUCCGCCCGUCCAAUCACUCCCGCCACUGUCAGCUCGCCGUCGGAGCCGAGGCCGCGACGCGCCUCAAAGAGCCGGGCCAUGGGACAGCCAAGGUCAGCGCCGCCGCCCGCCUCGCCACCCGUGACCCUGACAGAUUAACUCACCUGACUCAUAAAGCACCAGGACUGGACUGGGCUGGGGAGUGGAGCGUCAGGAGCACCCGCGAACAGAUUGAGCUGGGGGCUCAGAAUGCUGCAGAGGAGGAAGGCCUGGAGAGGUGGGCACACUCAGGUGUAAAUGUGGAGCUGAAAAUAACCCAACAGCCCCCCUUCACCCCCCUUCACCCCCCCUCCGGCCACUCCACUCCGAUGGCCGCUGCCUCCCUUGCGGGGCAAGCGGGGCGAGCGGGCGGAGAGAUGCGGAGAGAUGCUGAGGGUGCUCCUCUGCUCCCUGCUCCAGCGCUGCCCUUUAUGUGUCACAACAACCACACGGCCAUCUGCUGCCCCUCUCCAGCCCCACCGGGAGCUUCUCAUCAUUGGAGAGCCGCCGUCGUCUCCGUACCUGAGAGGAGCUGUCAGUGUCGCCAGACUGCCGGCGCCGCUUCCUCCUCCUCCUCCUCCUCCUCCCCGCGUCUCCUCCCGCCUCCCCGCCCGCGCCUCCCCUCUCCCCGCGUCUGCGCCUCCUCACUUUACGUGGAUGUUAUUGCCAUUGCCAUGAUGCUUAACUACUGCACACAGCUGGAGAGGAGAUCCUGGGAGUUUAACAGAGACCGGCUGAUGGCCGUGCCCGGUGGCUGGCCUCCUUUCUCCCUCUUCGGAGACCUGGAAGGAAGGACGGCCGUCUCAGGCUACACACCAGCCGGAGCCGCCCUGCUCUUUGUGAGCCGCAUUUAUUCCCUUAUCACGGGAAUAUCAAAGGAGUAUGUUGGCUCUGAUAUAGAUGAGUGUGCCACCCAGAUGCAUUACUGCCAGGCCAACACCGUGUGCGUGAAUCUCCCCGGAGGCCACCGCUGCGACUGCCUGCCAGGCUUCAUCAGGGUGGACGACUAUUCCUGCACAGAGCAUGACGAGUGUGCCAGCGAGCAGAGCUCCUGCGAUGACAACGCCAUCUGUACCAACACCAUCAGGGGCCACCUGUGCACCUGCAAGCCUGGUUACGUGGGCAACGGCACCAUCUGCAGAGCUUUCUGUGAAGAGGGCUGCCGCAGUGGUGGAACCUGUGUGGCUCCCAACACCUGCGUCUGUCCCUCCGGCUUCACGGGACGUCUGUGUGAGACAGACAUCGACGAGUGUGCCGAGGGUCUCAUCCAGUGUCAGAACCACUCCCGCUGCGUCAACCUCCCCGGCUGGUAUCACUGCCAGUGCAGGAGUGGUUUCCAUGACAAUGGCUCCUACCUGCUGGAUGGCAGCUCCUGUGUCGACGUGGACGAGUGCGCCACUCAGACACACACGUGCUGGAACGAGUCGGUGUGUGUGAACCUGCCGGGCGGCUACGACUGCAUGUGCACCUUCGGGCCCGAGUGCACCGGGGACUGCCCCCACGAGGACGGCAUCAAGCGCAACGGCGAGGAGUGGAGCCUCGGACAGGACCGCUGCUCCAUCUGCUCCUGCAAGGACGGGCGCGUCUUCUGCCGGCGGAAGGAGUGCGACUGCGAGGACCCGGAGGCCGACCUCUUCUGCUGCCCCGAGUGCGACGGCCGGCUGAGCAGCCAGUGCCUCCACCAGAGCGGCCACACACUCUACCGCAGCGGCGACCUGUGGAUCUACAGCUGUCAGCAGUGCCGAUGCCUGGAGGGGGAGGUGGACUGCUGGCCGCUGGCCUGCCCGGCGCUGCCCUGCGAGUACACGGCGGUGUCGGAGGGGGAGUGCUGCCCGCGCUGUGUCACCGACCCCUGCCUGGCCGAUAACGUGGCGUACGACAUCAGACAGACGUGCCAGGACCCCGCUGGCAUCACCCGGCUGAGCGGCGCCGGCUGGCGCUCACCCAGCGCACCAUGCACCAGAUGCAAAUGCAAGAACGGGAGCAUCUGCUGCUCGGUGGAGUUGGACUGCCUCCAGAACAACUAGCCAGCGCGUCGGAGUGAUACCUCCUGCCCAUGGACCAGUGAGAUCAUCCUGUCUCAAGAGCCACCUUUAUCUUUUAGUCCUG